CUGUUUCCACCAAUCAAACGAGGGCUUUAAGUGGCGAGCUGAAAGCUUCUCACUGAUAGGUGCAAUUUAAGGGAUGCCCUAUCACAAGCGGAGGUCCAUAAAUACAUCUGAUUGAGUUGCUCACUGUUUAUAUUAGUAGCAGUUGCAGCUUUGUAAAAAACAUUUGUUCGGGUUUUAUUGGGUUACAAUGGUGCAUCACUUAGUGUUUACCAUUUAAUUGUUUCAGGAAAUCUUACCCAAUGUGUUGUUUCUCAUAGAUUUUUGUUUUCACCAAUACCUCUACAAUGGAGGACACAUUCCAGCCAAUGAACAUCCUUAACCUCAGCAACAUCACAAACAGCACGCCUGAGGCGGACUCCUGCAUCGAAAUCUACCACAAAGCCAUCAGCUUCCAGUUCUAUACAUGGGGUGUGGUGGGCAACAUCAUUGCAGCUUACGGCAUCAUCGGCAACAUCCUGGCGAUUCUGGUGCUGCGUCAUCGGCUGAUGAGGAGUUCCACGUCUUACUACCUGAUUUCUCUAGCUGUCUACGACACGGGAGUGCUAUUGGCCAUGAUUCUGCUGAUGGCUCUCCCUACCAUCUACCUGGAGAAGAACAUACUGAUGGAGUACUACUUUGUCUCGGUCUACAUGAACCAGUAUCUGUAUCCCCUCGCCCUGGUGGCUCAGACAGGAACUGUAUACACUACCGUGGGCUUUACCAUAGAGCGUUACAUUGCAGUGUGUCAUCCCCUUAAGGCAGCCAACACAUGCACCAAAUCCCGAACCAAAAGAAUAAUAAUUCUAAUCUUUGUCUGCUCAGUCAUUUACAAUGUGCCUCGAUUUUUUGAAUACACUGUUGUGGAGACUUGGAACUCCAGCCUGAAUCGCUCAGUCCCGGAGCUGAUAACAACCACCCUGGGAAGCAACACAGACUUCAAAAAGAUCUACUUCAUUUGUCUGCAGCUGGUUGUGAUGUUCCUGGGGCCGUUUGUGCUUAUCUUCAUCCUCAAUAUUCAGCUCAUGUGGGCCGUCAAAAACGCAAAAAAGACUCGAAACAGGAUGAGUACGAACGCCGCCAAGGAGGCGAACCUGACCAUCAUGCUGAUCGCGGUCAUCGUGGUGUUCCUCCUCUGCCAGCUUCCCUCCAUCGCUGACAACAUUCUGUGGACAAUGUUUGAUAAGAGUAAGCUUCAGUGCAGCCUGCACUACAUUCGCCUGACCUCCAUCACAAACCUGAUGGUCAUCGUCAACUCCGCAGUCAAUUUUAUUCUGUACUGUGUUUUUGGUAAACGCUUUAGACGCGUUUUUAUUAAGAUUGUGUACUAUCCAUGGAAACGAAAGGGCACACGCUACAAGUACACAUUGUACGACAGUUCUGGAAGUCGCCGUGGAAACAGCAUGAAAGUUUACAACACAGAAAGCACCUUUCUCUGAGUAACUCAGUAACUUUUAUGAAUUUCUUCAGUGAUAUAUUUAUAUAUUUAUUUUCAUUCCAGAAAACCAGACUUGUUGAGUUGUAAAUAUGUUGAACUUUUUUUUCCUUCUUUUUUUUUUUUAUUUUUCUUGAAUAUCAUAAUUAUGAAUCAUGAACUUCAUUGUGAAUACUACAUAUUUUGAAUUUCCUCACACAAACGGAGUACUCUAGCAUUGAGCUGACCUCUUGGUGACUGUUAGUAACAGAUCAAUGUGACGAACUCUGAUCAGGAAAAUGUUUGCGCUCUGAUUUUACAUUAAAUAAUUACCUUGCUUACUAGUCUUGUAAUUUUUAGAUGAUUCAUGGAUCGAAGUUCUAAGAACUUCUCUCUCAAGAGGGAUGAGUCCAGAGACAGGACUUUUAUAAAAUAAACAAUAUCUAAACUAUUUAGAAUAUUGACUAAAAUGAUCGGCAGGAGGAUUUCUGGGUACAAAGUGGAAAAAAAUGAUGGAUGUAUUGGUCUGAUUGAAGACAAAACUUGGUGCCAUUUUUCUAUAAAUAAUUUUUCUGAAAUGGAGAGAGCAAUGUUUUAUCUAAUUCUGUUUCUUUCGAGGUCACCUAGUUUCCUUAAUGAAGUAACAUUUUAGGAAUUAAAAGACAUGUACUUUAAUUAGCCCGACUGAAUUGUUUGCCAAUAUUUCACAGACAGUAAAAAAAAAUCUCUCCACAAAACUUGUCAUUCAUCUUGAGCUGACGGCUUUAAUUUGCUUUGAGUCAGCUCCCAACAUGACGUUUGAACACGAGAUCACAGCAUUAAAUUCCAUGUAAAACUAGACCGCUCUCUCAUGACUGUGUUCCAGAACCGACAUUAACGUUGUCCAUGGCAGCUGUAGGUCGCCCAGGGGCCACUGCCUCACCAUCGGCCCUAGUCCACAGGAGGGGCGGGGCCAGGUCUCAGUCACUGUAGGACAAUCUUACAGAGAGGCAAAAGUUGACCUCAUUGGGAAAGAAACACAUAACUAGACACGAUUAACAUCAAACCCAAGGACACUUGUACCGAUGUCCUUGACAGGGGCGAAGGAGAUCACACCUUUGUUGCAAAAGAAGACAUUAUUAACUCACGGCUCAAGUCAAGGCAAGACUACCUUGUUUCUCUUAUCAACUUGCAUUGAUUUCUCUGUACAAAAUUACAUGUAGGGAAACUAUAUAAGUCUUAUAAUUAUAACAUCUUUCUUACACAAAAGUAAAAUUUAAUAGUCAAAAUGCCAAAACAAUUAGAAUUAUUUCAUCAAACCUGCCAAUACAAUGAUUUUUUUUCUGACCAAUUUUUUCUUUGUUAUG